AUGGUUGGUGUCCCACCCCGCACCAGCAGCUGUCGAGAGUGUCUCCAGCGUCGCGUCAAAUGUGACCGCACCCGCCCAGAAUGUCGCCGCUGCCAGACCCGUGGAAUUCGCUGCCCCGGCUACCGCAGAGCCCUCAAGUUCUACAACCAGACCACGGGAAAAGGCGACUUUACGGACGCACGAGAGUUUGACAAGAAGCAAGAAGCGCAACGCAAUCCCGACGCGGCACAUGCGCAUGCGCUCGCACUCAUCCGCCGACCCAGCAUCGACGGAAACAUCAUCCCAAGCCUCUCAGGCAAAGCGCUCGACCGCCAAACAAAGAAAGUCUUCGAGUACGUAGUGCAAGCAACCUUCCCAUUGACAUUCGCGACCUUUGCGCCGCGCCUCGAGCCAAACUGGCUGGAUUUCAUCCGCUACCACCAAGCCGCGCAGACCGAGCCCAUCGAGCGCGCAGUCCGAUGUCUCAACACCUGGUUUCUCGGCGUAAAAAACAAGGACUCAGCAAUUGUCGAUGAAGCUCGGUACAUCUACGGUGGCGCCCUGCGCUGCCUUGCUGGGCUAGUCGCUGACCCGGCCACCAGAACCUCGGAUACCACUGCAGCGACCGCGGUCAUGCUCAGUGUGUUUGAGAUGCUGGAUCCGCUCACGCCGCAUUCAUGGUUGAUCCAUUCGCGGGGACUGGGUGCGUUGUUUCAGGCACGUGGCGCGCGGAUACAUAGUCAAGGUUUUCCACGGACGAUCUUCAUCACUUUCCGAUCGUUCCUUCUUGCCGAUGCCUUUGUCCGGCAGGAGCCGUCGUUUCUGGAGCAGGAUGACUGGCGUGCCGCAAACCUCGAAGCGACUUUUCAUGAAGACCGGGUGGGCAAGGGGAACUGGAUCAGCAAGAUCGUCGAGCAGACGUUUAACGAAAUCGCUCUUGGCCCGGGGUUUCUAUCGCAGACUACUGCGCUCAUCAGAAGUCGUGUCCGAGACGACGUCUCGCGCGACGAGCUGACAUCGCGCAUCCAGCAUAGUCGGGGUAUCCUGCGCAACCUCCAGCGCCAGCUUGCAUCCGUCUCAGGACGAGAAGGCAAAACGAUUGAAAUCGACAGGUUGACCGACGCCGACGGCGUGAAAGAAGACGUCCAGACGACGGCCGGUCGCUGUCUCCAGGGCCUCUGCUCGGGCCUUGCGCUGCUGGACCAGCUGCUGGUGCUCCUGGAAGCAGACAAGAAGCGCGCGGGGCAGGGUCGGGUUUCCGAGAUCGCUUGGGGUAAAGAGAUUAAUAUCCCUACAACAAGCGAGACAAUUGAAGGGCCAUUUUCUGCGCCGGAUCGACCGUUGGACUGGCUCGAUCAGAUCUCGAUGUCGAUGGGGACGUUGGCUAUUUCGAAUAGCACUUGA